AUGGACAGUGAUGAUGUAGUAGCCGGGACCGUGACGCUGGAGACACUCUUGUCGACUGGGUAUGAAGAAGAUGACGAACAAGACCCAGUCAUACCGAACGACUACCGCAAGUCACUAGGGAGGGCUGAUGGUCUGUUGAACACGGCUAACGAGGUCCCUCGAGGCUGGGAUCAUACGAAAAUGUGGACAGGCCCUGAUGGUAGGGAUAGAAAGCCCACCACAGCUACAUAUGGCAACAUUGUCAACGGCGACGAUGGUUACAUAAUUGGCGGUGGCAAUUUUGGGCCCGCGGAAGCUGUGAAAGACUUGGAUCCCCGGGAUGACCCUCCCCCGCCAGCAGAUUGGCCCACUAUGAAAUGGACCGACUUCUUGGCAGUAAUGUGGAGCCAGUACGCGGCCGGCAAAGAACUCAAGCGCGUAUACCGAUCCUCUGUUAUCAUGCUGGAGACGAAACAACUCAUGGAGUCGGCCCUGUUAAAGGUCAAUAAGCUGCCGAGUGGUGGCUUGGAUAACUUGCCGCUGUGGCCUGGCAUUGAUUUCGUGCCGGGGAGAAACCCCACCAAGAUGCCGAUGACCCCUGCAGUCGAAGCCUUCAUGGGCUUGCUCGGAAGCUCUCAUGCCGCUGGUGCUGCGUACUUGUUCAUCCAAUACCGGGCCAUCUUUGGCAGGAAGAGGGUUACUAAGAUCAAGAUUUGGCAGUCUGAGAACGUGAAAACGACGAACAUGCUGCUCUACUUCGAGAGAUAG